GGGGGAAAUGACGAAAGUUUUCUAAAACAUUAGUGCCGAUGAAGGAAGAGAAAAGCCAAGAUCUACCGAGAAGAUACUAUCGUGAUUUUGUAUACAUCUAUUCACAUAGCUUCAAAACCUAAGAAACUAAAAAUGAUAGAAUUCAAUGAUGCAAUCAUACUAGAAACUGGUAGAUCAAGCAGGAACACAUUGGUAAGUAUGUAAUUUAACAAAGUUAAGUAACACGCCCUAAUAGACACUUACAAAAUCAAGAUUGCAUGCAGUGGAUGAAGAGUAUCUACUAUUCUUAAAUACACAGAAAGCCAUCUCCAAAAACGACUUUAAAGAAUGAAUACAAAUGAAACAUUCUCUGUUGACAAUACAGUGGGUCUGGAAAUAAACUAAAAGAUUUUGAAAUUUUUACGGAUUUGGAAAAAGAAAAGCAUCUUGAAAUUAAACAUUCGAGAAAUGUCAUAAUGGCAGUUGACAAAAUAUUUUGAAAUAAAUGACAAUGAGAAUAAUACUAAAGUAAGUAAAAGGAAGAAUAAAAGCAGGAAAGAGAAUAACGAAAUAUAAAAUCAAGAAACAAAGAAAAGAACAAACAGUUCUUUGGCAGAUCCAAUGCAAUAGGGAAACUCCUAGCAAAACUAACCAAGACAGAAAGAGAAAAGGCGUUAAGUAAGUAAUGUUAGCAACAUAAAGGAGCCAUAACCAGGUGGACCAGACAUGUAAAAAGAACCACGAUGGCAUAUUAAAAUCAGUGUUUUGAAUGUAUUUGAACCUAGCUGGCACAAAUAAUUUUGUGUGGUUUGAGCUGGUGAAACAAAUAGCUACUCAAUAAAUUGAAACAGUGAUUGAGAAUCCCCCGCCCCAGUGAAAAGGGGAGCCAUGAUUUGACUCAUGACAAACGGAGUCUGUGAAAUGGCAAAACAGUUCCCAUAACGGACGUUAGUAAAAUUAGAAUAUAAAUACAGAUUUUGAAUGAGUGAAUAAUAUUGCUACCAUGUCAUGGAGUCACUGGUUUCCCCUCAUUACCCGUGAUUUCUGUCUUAUUCUCACUGAGCUUCUAAUGGACUGCCCAUAAAUUUCAGCAGCGCACGUCCUGUCCCAUAGGACUUCAAUGACUCGGGGAGCUCUUCUUGUGGCUCUGCUUUGCAUCAUUGUGUCUGUGGGCAUGUACAGUUCCAUCAGCUGGCCUGCAGCCUGGCUGGGGUGGCCCCCCAUAGCCCCCACAGCCACCCUCCCCCUGCAAAGCCCAGCGUAGUGCUUCCCCCAGAAGUGUGAGAUCAAAUGGAAGGCUGAGAGGAUGCACGGCCAUCACCUCUUGCCCCACAGAGACCAGUAGUCAUGAGCUAUGACCUUACAGAGUCAGUCCCGGCUGCCUGCAGCCCCAGUUGGCACACUGACGUGGUCAAGGGCAGACAGGCAGAGAGCUUCUCCUCCCUCUGUUGUGCCACAGCUCAGGUUUCAGCCUUCCAAAUAUAAGGUGUUCCCGGGGGUCCCAGAGCACACCCACCUUCCCUGCAGAGUGCUCUUGGCCUGAGGCACUCAGUCCCUCCUGGAUCACUACCAUUCUUUCCGUGUGUGUUUUCUCAGGAAACCUGAAAACACGUUUAUUUCAAAAGAACAAAUUGGGGAAAAUAGGGAGAAGAAUGGCGUCAGUUCCUUCCAUUGGUUGCCUGCUGGCCAGAAAUCAGUAUUAUCGAAAGGCCAGCAUUUCUUCAGUUAGCUCUUUAAGUGGCUCUGAUUCUGUUAACGUCAUACCUGAUGACAAAUCCCAACAAGAGUUACCAAAAGUGGCAGAAUCCGACUGGUGGUUUAAAUCCUUUUUCCAUUCUGAACCGGAGCUUUCAGAUGUAAGAAGAAAAGAUCUGUCUGCCAGUAGGAAGACAGAAACCUGCUGGAGUUCCCAUUUCCCAGACAGGAUCUGCAGACACCCAGACAGUGAAAGUUUAGGCAGUUUCCUCAAAACAGAGACGACUGUGCAAGUGGCAUCAGCAACGUGGAGACUAUCGAGAAGCGUGGCUUUGAAAAGUAACGAGUCUUCAAAUGUAGUGACUUAUAUGAAAUAAACUUUUCCUUACCCAUGUGAUUUUUCAAAGAGUGUUUAAAAGUUGUUAUUUUCAAUUUUCCAAAAAAUUCUUAGACUCUUUAUAUGUCUGUCAAAUUAUUAUGUCUUAAAAGUGAAGCAUUGUGCCUAACGAUGGUCGGAAGGGCGUUGUACUCACAAAUGUAGAGAACAGUUGCAAAACUGUACUUUUAAUCACAAACAUUGGAAAUAGAAAACACACCCAUAGAUACAUCACCUGUUACAAAUAGAUUGUUGCAGGGCGCCUGGGUGGUUCGGGAGGUUAAGCGUCCAACUCUUGAUUUUGGCUCAGAUUAUGAUCUCAUGAUUUGUGUGAUCGAGCCCCACAUCGGGUUCUAUGCUGUCAGUACAGAGAUUCUCUCUCUAUCUGCCUCUCAAAAUAAAUAAAUAAACAUUAAACAUUUUUGAAAAAUAUAUCACUGUAUAUAUAACUAAUUGGUUAUUGUGUAGACUUUAAAUUUCAUAAUUUUAAAUAAUAUUUAACAAUAUGGAAAAUCAUGAUAGAAAGUUGAGUAAAAAAGGAGGAUAAUUUAUAUGUGAUAUGAUUUUAGUUGUUAGAAAUGUACAUAUUCAUAAUAAUAGUUUCAAAGGAAAUACACCAAAAUGGUAACAGUGGGUGUUUCUGGAGAUGGGAUUAUAGGUGAUUUUCAUUUUUUUCUUUAUAUUUUUCUGUGUCUUCAAAUUUUCUAAUAUGAUAAGUUUUGUGUCUAAUUAGAAAAUAAUGAGUGACUGGUCACAUUUCAUGAAUAUGAAUAUUUCCUACAUCGGCUAGAAUAGUCCCUACUUUCCUCAAUAUGGGGUAGAUAAUAGCAACAGUUGCAGUUGAAAAGUUUCUGUAUACUGCUUGUAAAUAUUUUUCAAUGUGAAAUGUGAGGCUUCAGAAAUUUGGGGUGGUUUGGGGCGCCUGGGUGGCUCAGUUGGUUAAGCUUCUGACUUCGGCUCAGGUCAUGAUCUGGCGGUUCGUGAGUCUGAGCCCCGUGUCGGCCUCUGUGCUGACAGCUCAGAGUCUGGAACCUGUUUCAGAUUCUGUGUCUCCCUCUCUCUCUGCCCCUCCCCCGCUCAUGCUCUGUCUCUGCUCCAUCUCUCUCUCAAAAUGAAUAAACGUUAAAAAAAAUUAAAAAAAAAAAGAAAUUCGGGGUGGUGAAUUCACUAAGAGGUCAAUGUCACUAGUGUUAUGUGACUAUCGUUGCAUUAAACACCCUGUAGAGCACACAUGGUUUUUGGUAAAACUGUCUUGCUGCCCAACUGUGUUAACCUGAGAAAAAAUAUCAGGACUGACCAUUUACUGUGCUGGAGACAACUGAACAAUUUUUCCUACUCUUUCCAAAUGGGACAUGCAUUCCUUCAAUUUUGUGUGUCUCUAUCACUUUGCUGUCAAUGAAGGGACUUCAUAUGUCACUUUGGCCCAGUAGCACCUCAUUAUUUACACAUUACUGCUUUUCUGGUGUUGCCCGCCUAUGCAUUUUAUGUAUUUGUAGAGACUAAUGACAUGUCUGGGCUCUGUAUUUCAUUUGGCUUUACUGUAAAAUUAAAUUACAGGGAUUGAAGACUAAGUGUUUUUUUCCUAAAGUUAGAGAAAAAUGUGAUGAGACUAACAUGGUAAAUUGUGGGAGGUUUUGUUUUUACUUUAAGAUUAUCAACAAAUUCUUUUUUUCUUGGACACUUGGUAUAUGUGUGAAUAGAUUCCUUGUUUAGGUUACUCGAUGAAUUUCCUCAAAUAUGUUAUCAAGUUGACAUUUGCUUUGUUCACCAAGAAAUAUAAUGUUCAUUAAAUUACAUUUUGCCUA